AUGCCUCCAAAAUCGAAAGCAGUUUAUUCUUGUUGUGUCCAACAUACUAACAGUUCUUUUCAGGCCCCAAAAGGAAAGAAGGUUGCUCCAGCCCCAUUGGCUGCUAAGUCCUCCACUAAGGCUUCUACCAAGAACCCUUUGUUUGAGUCCACCCCAAGAAACUUCGGUGUUGGUCAAGCUAUUCAGCCAAAGAGAAACUUGUCCCGUUUCGUCAAAUGGCCAGAAUACGUUAGAUUGCAACGUCAAAAGAAGAUCCUUUCUUUGAGAUUGAAGGUUCCUCCAUCCAUCGCUCAAUUCUCCAACACUUUGGACAGAAACACCGCCGCCGAGGCUUUCAAGCUCUUCAACAAGUACAGACCAGAGACUGCUGCUGAGAAGAAGGAGAGAUUGACCAAGGAGGCUGCUGCCAUUGCUGACGGUAAGAAGAAGGAGGACGUUUCCUCUAAGCCAUUCGUUGUCAAGUUCGGUUUGAACCACGUUGUCUCUUUGAUCGAGAACAAGAAGGCCAAGCUCGUCUUGAUUGCCAACGAUGUUGACCCAAUCGAGUUGGUUGUUUUCCUGCCAGCUCUCUGUAAGAAGAUGGGUGUUCCAUACGCCAUUGUGAAGGGUAAGGCUAGAUUGGGAACUUUGGUUCACCAGAAGACCUCUGCCGUCGCUGCUUUGACUGAGGUCAGAGCCGAGGACGAGGCUGCUUUCGCCACUUUGAUCUCCACUGUCAACGCCAACUUCACUGAGAAGUACGAGGACAGCAGAAGACACUGGGGUGGUGGUGUCAUGGGUGCUAAGGCCCAAGCUAAGAUUGCCAAGAGGGCCAAGGCCAUUGCUUCUAACUAA